AUCACUAACUACCAUCACCAUCACCACCGCCGCCCCCUCUGCCACGAGACCCAACAUCUCCACCCCCCCCCCCCCCCACCGAAUGCGCGCUCGAGCACGGCUCCGCGCCCGUGCAUCAUCGCCUUCUUCAUCAUCAUCAUCAUCGCCUUCUUCAUCAUCAUCAUCAGCAGCAGCAGCCACUUCGCUGCUCAGGUGCCCAAUCAUCACCAUCAGCAGCAUCGUUCUCCUCCUCCUCAUCAUCAUCGUCAUUCAGGAAAUCCGAGCAGCCCGUGGAUUUGCAGGAGAGAAUUAACGAAGUUGCGCGCCUCGUUCAGAGCGUGACGCAGAGAGAGAGAGAGAGGGAGGGAGGGGAGCGCUCAAUCGCCUUCUUCUCGUCCGUCCGGCCGCACUCCGCCGAUCCGCGCCCCUCGCUCCUCCGCGCGUCUCUCGUCUCGUCUCCCCGAGCUUCUCUCUGCGGAGGCUGACCACGGGAACGAACCUGCGACUCGCUCCUCGGGCAUCACCGCCACUCCUCGUUCCCCUCGUCCAGAAGCUACCCCCACCCCGCCUCCCCCACCCCCCAAGCAGCUCGAGCGAGGCGUCCCAGGCAUGAUGUCGUAUCUCAAGCAGUCUCCCUACGCCAUGAACGGCCUGGGUCUGGGCGCUCCGGGUAUGGAGCUUCUCCACCAUCCGGCCGUCGCCUACCCCGGGCCGAACCGCAAGCAGCGCCGCGAGCGCACGACGUUCACGCGCGCCCAGCUCGACGUCUUGGAGGCGCUCUUCUCCAAGACGCGAUACCCCGACAUCUUCAUGCGCGAAGAGGUGGCACUCAAGAUCAACCUGCCCGAGUCUCGCGUACAGGUGUGGUUCAAGAACCGCCGCGCCAAGUGCCGGCAGCAGCAGCAGAGCGGCGGGCAGAGCAAGGCGCGCGCGGCCAAGAAGAAGAGCACUCCGCCUCGCGAGAGCAGCUCGGAGAGCACGGCGAGCAGCCAGUACACGCCGCCCUCGUCCAGCGCCGCGGCACCGCAAGCCUCGGCCGCCAGCGUGGCCAUCUGGAGCCCCGCCUCCAUCUCGCCCAUGGGCGACCACCUCACCACGACGGCAGCCUCCUGCAUGCAGCGCUCGUCCGCCUACGCCAUGACCUACAGCCAGGCGUACAGCCAGGCGUCCGCGGCCGCCGGCUACUCGGGCUCGGGCUCGUACUUCGGCGGGGUGGACUGCGGCUCCUACCUGCCCGCGUCCGUCCACCCGCAGCUGCCCGCGGCCGGGGCCACGCUCAGCCCCAUGGCCUCGUCGAUGGCCGGAGGCCACAUUGGCCAAGCGGCCGCGUCGCACGGGGGGGCGCUGGGGGCGCCCGGGUACGCCGGCGGCGGCCUGCCCUUCAACUCGCCCGACUGCCUGGACUACAAGGAACAGGCGGCGUCGUGGAAGUUUGGUUUCAACCCGGCGGACUGUUUGGAUUACAAAGACCAGCCGUCCUCGUGGAAGUUCCAGGUGCUCUGAGAGGCGCGGCGAGGCCACCCGGGGCGUUGCCGGGGCGAGGGUGGCCGCUGCCGACGCAGCGGGGCGGUUCGCGACCAACUCCCGCGCACGUGGGCUCCGAAUUCGCGAGUGGCGAGCGAUGGGCGGUGCGGACCGGAUAUCGCAACUACCGAGAAGAAUCACAGCUAUCUCCUACAAGGACGAUUUCGUACACGUGCCCCGACACUGCGCAGCAUACGCUCACACACGCACGCACGCGCACACACUCGCACACUCACUCGUGUCAAUCUUGUUAGAAUGUAGCUUGCCGCAGUGUAUUUUGACAUUUUAAAUUGACAAUCCAUUUGUGUCCGGUUUUCAGUUGCCAUAUUUUUUUUUUCCAACCACGUACUUAUAGUUUUGAGUGGCCUCAUGUCGUCGUUAUAUGUUAUUUUUGUUGGUGUCAUGUAUUAAAAAGAAAAAAACAGUUGUGGGCAACGCGAUAUUGCUGCGUGGCAUUUCGAGGAGCAGUGGAGUCGAGUGGCCCGGAAAUUGGAGACAGCACCAGCGCGACCCGGAGCUGAAUUUCCCGUUUAUUGAGCUAAUUUAUUUAAAAUCACCGUCACUUCUGCCGUCCGCAUUGUAAUUACGAAGGCAUUGGUUCUUUUCCCGCUCUAGAGAUGAAUAGCCUAUCAAGCUGUAGUGAAUUCCAUUUAUUUUAGUUUGGUAGUCAAAUUAUUAUGUCUUGGGAUUUUUAAACUUUUUUCUGUAAUGUAUGUAAUGAUGCGAAAAUACCCCCCUCCCCCCCCGUUAAUCCUCUAUCCAAGAACUAUUUUGGUCAGUUUGUAAUGACCGGAAAUUUGUAAAUGAGUGUUGCAUAGAGGAACAAAUAAAGUUGUUGAAAGAC